GAGAGUAUUCAAAAUUAACCGAUAUUAGAACGAAUGAACAGAAAAACAGGAAAGUCAACAACACAAAAGUUGUCUGAAACAACAAAACCGGCAAAGAAAACAGAAUUAAAUGUGGAAGACCAUCAGCAACCAGGUGAAGGGUUGAUGAGCGACUCUACUGAUGAUGAUGAGGAUUACGAGGAAACUGAAUAUCUGGUUUACGCUGAUUUUAAGAACCACUUUCCACCACAUCAGUUAAAACACGAAGAUGCUGCAGUUAAAAUUAUAGGCAUCGAAAGCGACAGCCCCGUGGCAGAGAUCAAUGGUCAUAUUUUUCGAGGAAGCUACGACUUUGCUAUGGGCACCAACUUAUUUUUUCAAAAGGACAGUAAUGCCAUAGUAGGAGAUCCGCUCUACGAGUCGGUUUGCCGCCAGCACUAUAAAUACGUCAAUAAAUGUGAUAAAGUGAUUAAUUUCGAUCGAGUUUACAUUGAAAAUUUGCCAAAAGAGGAGCCUAUCGCCGAAGUAGAACAAGAGCAGGAAGAGGCAAAGUUGUCGACCAAAUUGAAUAUCACAUAUAAAGAGGCUAUUAACAGCUUUGGCGAGGACUAG